CAGCGGAUUGACACAGCAACUUUAGGCCAAUGGUGGCAACUAAGGGCAAGAAGCGCAAGGCCGCUCCGGGCGGCGCCAGCGGCAGUAAGAGCAAGCAGAGCAAGACGCAAACUAAGGGCCGUGGCUCCAGCAACAAGAAGAAUGGUACCAAAAAGCCACAGCAGUCGACACGCCACGCUGAUCGCGACGAGGACGAGGACGUGGAGAUCGACGAAGAAGAUGUGGCUUUCUACGAGGACAACGAAGAGUUCACGUCAUUUCUGGCCAAUAUGGACACUAAGGCGUUGAAGAAGUCGUUGUAUCCUAAGAGCGAUAAGAAGGCGUCACCAAAGCCCGUUAAGGAACAGGACGAGAAGGAUGAGAUGCCUCUAGAGAAGCUGGAGGCGCGUCCACGCAAGGCUGCAUGGGCCACGGACAAGCAGGAGGUGCUCAAAGAUAAACUGCCAGUCAAAUUCAUGGACGGCAGCGUGCGUUCCAAUAAACUACUCGCGGAGAAGGAGGAAAAACCAAAGGUAGAAGAAGAAGAAGAGGAAUCUGAAGAAGAAGAGAAAGAACAGGAAGAGAACGAUGAAGAGAUGGACUCAGAUGUGUCAGACAUGGAGUUCGAGGAGAUCACAGACGCUGACGCGUCAGCACCCACAGAGACGCCCAAGCCUGAGCUGUCGCCUGUGGAUCUGAAGCGCCAGCGCGAGCUUCGCCUGGUUACCAAGAAGGUGGAGAUUGCGCAGCUCUGUGAGAGUAUAUUGGAGGACCCUGAGGAGUCUUUCAAGAAGAACAAGGAACAUCCACAACAGCUCAGUAAGAUCCAACAACUGCAGGAAUUGUGUCGCGACCCGGACGCUAUUGUGCAGCGUCUCAGUCUAAUGUCACAAUUGUCAGUGUUCCUCGACAUCCUACCGGACUAUCGCAUCCGUCUUCAGAAAAACGAUCUGAGUGCAGAGGAGAAGGGCAAACAGAACCACGGACGACCCAUGAAGAAGAAGGUGCAGCAGAUGCAGGACUACGAGGCUGCGCUGCUCAAUAACUACCAGAAGUUCCUCAAGUACUGCGCCGAGCUGGUUACGACGGGGCUCAAGGGUAAGCGUCCGGAGCAGAUGGUGACGAUGACUGCACGCGAACGACGUGACGUGCUGCUGGCUGAGACUGGUGUGCGUUGCUUGGCUCAACUGCUGGAGAAGAAGUACGCCUUCAACUUUCACCUUAACCUUGUGAUCGCGCUGGUUCCUAUGGCAGACUCGCAGUUCCCAAGUGUUCGUGAGCAGGCUUGCGCUUCCUUUGAGAGUGUCUUCAAGAGCGACAAGACAUGUGUGUGUUCGUACGAGAUCGUGCAGCAGAUUUCGAGUUACGUGAAGCAGAAGCAGCAUCGUGUCCAGCCUUUCAUCAUCCGUACGCUACUGGUUAUGCCGCUUGAAGUUACAAUGGAGCAGGGUGAGGCAGCUCGUAAGAAGGCCAAGUCUGACCGCAAGAAGCGUCGUCGUCAGCAGGCAGAGGGCGAUACCAUCGCUGCCGGUCUCAAGGAGGCUGAGGCUGUUGUGGACCGUGCGGAGCGCGAAAAAACGCAGGCUGACAUUCUACACGAGCUGGUGCUGAUUUACUUCCGCAUCCUGAAACAAGCGACCUACUCGCAGGCUCUGCCGGCUGUGCUGGAAGGUCUGGCGAAAUUCUCAUUCCUGAUCAAUCUUGAUAUCAUGAUUGAUCUGCUCAAGGUGCUUAAGGUCGUGCUGCGUGAAGAGGACGUGCUGCCACUUCCAGCGGCUUUGCAAGCUGUGCUGACAGGAAUGCGCGCGCUGCAGGGUCCUGGAGGACAGGAGCUCAUGGUCGAUGAUAAGGAGUUUGUCGACAUUCUCUACCGGCUGCUGCACCGGUUUGCGGAAGGUGAGGCAGGCUCCGACUCGUCGUGCUUCACGACUCUACUGCAAUGUGUGGAAGCAGUGUUCCUGCGUCGCAAGGAGAUCGUUGUCGAGCGUGUGGCAUCCUUUGUCAAGCGACUGCUGCUUGUGGCUCAGCAUCUGCCACCGCACCAAGCCUUGGCUAUCCUGUCUCUACUGCGUGCACUGUUUCAUCGCUACUCAAAGCUGCAGCAGCUCCUGGAAUCCGACGUGGAUCGUGUAGCGUCGGGCGAAUACCGUGCUGACAUCGACGAUCCCGACUUCGCCAACCCGUUCUCAAGCGCAUGCUGGGAGUUGGCACUACUGACUCAUCAUGUCCAUCCGAAGCUGUCCAGUUAUGCUCUUGGCACUGCCCAGUUGGCUCCAACUCUGCCGAAUGAGCACGCUCGAGCGCUCAUGGACGCCUACGACCCGUACGCUGGCGCCACCUUCACAUUCAAGCCGAAGGUUCCUGUACCGCCUAGCAACCCGCUGCACAAGAAGAUCGCAAGUGAAAACAACAAGAACGACCGCAAGAAGAGUCGGCAGCGUCGUGCUCGUCAGUUCUUCGUGCGUGAUCCGUUGGCGAGCUUGGACGAGCAGUAUCGUAAGCAGAACGCGUCGUCUUUCUUCCAGAAGUGUCUUGAACUGGACGAGCAGCGCACAGAUGACAAGUUGCUGGUGUUCAAGAAGUAAGCUGGACAAAAACAUUAGAUGCAUAACCACACAAGACCAUUUUGAACAAAAAGAGGCAUUAGAUAUGUUCAUGGACACGAGUUGUGCUCCUAGUAAGGCGAGUCGUAUCGUCGGUGGGCGGUGUUGGCGUUGGCCGCAUAAGGCGCAGUGGAGACCAUACUGAAGUUGUUGCUGUUUUGAGCCUCGCUGCGCUGGGAAUAUCCCGGAUUCUGGUCCGCGUACUGGUACAUUGGCGCUGGAGCUGGAGG